GUCACCCUGGUGGGCAUCGUGCGACACGCCGAGAAGGCGCCCACCAACAUCCUCUACAAGGUGGACGACAUGACAGCAGCCCCGAUGGACGUCAGGCAGUGGGUUGAUACUGAUGAGGCAGGAGGUGAGAAUGUUGUGGUGCCUCCAGGAACUUAUGUUAAAGUAGCUGGUCACCUUCGGUCCUUCCAGAAUAAGAAGAGCUUGGUAGCAUUUAAGAUCAUGCCUCUGGAAAAUAUGAAUGAGUUCACCACACACAUACUGGAAAUUGUCAAUGCACACAUGAUCCUCAGAAAAAAUCUCAUGUCAGCAUCAAGAGGGCCACAGUCAUUCUCCUCCACUGGCAUCAGCGACAUGGGGGGCUAUGGAGGGGGUGGCAGCCUGCCAGUGAACGGGCUCACAGCACACCAGAGCCAGGUGCUGAACUUGAUCAAAAGCUGCCAUGUCCCAGAGGGGAUGAGUCUGCAAGAUUUGAAGCUCCAGCUCCAUGGUUUGAGUAUGUCAACCAUCAAGCAAGCUGUGGAGUUCCUCAGCAGCGAGGGACACAUCUACUCCACGGUGGAUGAUGAUCACUACAAGUCAACAGAUGCUGAGUAAAGUUCCUUCCAUCUGCCUUUAGUUCCAAGCAAAUGUUUGUCCAUAUUUCAAGAUACCUUGCUGAGCUGUUACAUGGAAGGUGACUUUGCUCUUUGUGGGAAGUCCUGGUUACUGGGUGAAUGCCAGCUCCUUGGAAUUCAAGGAUGAGCAGGACGUGUGUGAUUCUGGUAAUUGGACCUGAUUCUAUGCUGUGACCAUGUGACUGAAAGCAUAAACAGACAUGGGAAAACUGAACUCAAAGCUUCAGAGCUUUCACUUUGUUUUGGCUCCUUAGAGAGUGCCUGGUAGAAAGAAGAGCCUCUUUAUUAUUUGUCUUUUAUUUUUAGAGCUGUUUCUCCUAACUCAGCUUCCAUUCCAUUUUCUUCACAAAGUGGGUAGCCAAGAGUAAUCUUCCACUGAUGGACAGCAAUCAUGAGAAGAUGUUUUUAUUUUUUAGUUUGUGCACUUAAAUCUAUAUUUGUACUAGAGCUGAUCUUGUUAACUAGAGCUUUUGAACUUUUCCAAUAAAAUGUUAACUUGGGGCACUUUG